AGCCAGUUCUCCAACAGCUUUCUCAGUGAUACAUCUAUCAUACUAUGGAAAAGUACGCGGUCGAUCUCGCUAUGCCGGCGCUGCAGAUGCCCCUCUUCAACGACGACGACACCAAGUGGCAAGCCGUGCAGUCUCGCGAUCCCAACGCCGACGGCUUCUUUGUCUACGGCGUGCGCACCACCAAAGUCUUUUGUCGACCAACAUGCAAGGCCAGGCUGGCGCGCCGGGCCAACGUGCGGUUCUACGCCACCGGGGAUGAGGCCAAGCAGAACGGCUUCCGGGCGUGUAAGCGGUGCAAGCCCGAGGUGCUGGGGCUGAUGCCGGAGGAGGAAGCGGUGCAGAAGAUUCGGGUGUUUGUGCGGGACCAGUCUGCUGCCGGCACGGACCGCGUCUUUGGCGACACGCGCAUGAGCUUGAGCCAGAUGGCCAAGAAGACGGGCCUGUCCAAGUGGCAUUUCCAUCGCGUCUUCAAGAAGUGCGUGGGCAUCACGCCUGUCGAGUACCUCAAGAGACUGCGAGAUAACACCGCCAGCAUGAGUCCCGACGUUGAGAGCGACGGAACAUUCAGCUGGACAGACCAGCUUGAUCUGACCAGCUUGGACAUGGACUUUGACUUUGACUUUGGAUUCCUCAAUGAUCCUCUUGCUGUUGACCAAAGCACACAGAGCUCAUCGACAAUCUCACAAAGCGAUUGCUCAUCGUUCUCAUUCGACGAUCUCCUGGUCUGGCCCGACAGCAACGCAAACGAGUAACGGUAUUAUACUAUGUACCACUUACAGAGAGCACCAGUCAUGAAAGUAAACAUAUACGUCAUACAUAAGCAAGCUCUCUCUGCAGCAAGGUAAAAGAGCCUGCACCCAAGCCCUCGAAGCCGCGAAAUGUCCACAGUCUGCUGACUCUUCGGGAACAGCGCAAGCGCAUUUAAGAGCCCAUAUUUCGGGCUUCGGCAAAUUCGAGCCAUGCAAAACUCUCCUCGCUUUCGGGUGGCGACUGAUGACAUUUUAACCCAUUCUCAGAUUCACGCCGCAGCCUAGGCAAAUAUGCCGCUCGGUCUACGAAGGAUUUAAAACAGGCUUGCUU